UUUUGAAACAAAAACCCUGUAAUGUUACUUUUUUAGCAUCAGUGACAUCAUUUUUAGAAUCUUUAGAAUUGCGGGAAUCAUAUUUCCUGUUUUGUUUAUGAUGUCAUGGUCUGUUAGUUCAGGCUGAUUUCAGCUCUUCUGUGAUGACCCAGCAGGACCAUGUGACUUCGGUUGUCACAGUGACAGCUUCCAUAGCAACAGGCGGUCUCUAUUGUGACAUUCAGUAAGCUUUUAGUUUCCCAGGGUUCCUUUGGGUCUGUACCUGGACAGAAUGGACUCGGAGUCUGGAUUAAGGUCAUCCCAUUUGGAUAGGAUUUCGUAUCUAGCUCAACCAAAGAAGUCGAAGACCAUUUGGGCCACAACACCUUGGAUCCUGACAUGGGGAAACCAGGAAUCGAUACGACCGCUGUCCCGCUCAGCACUGCAAGCCAUUCCGAGCCCCAGAAUAAAGGCUCUGGCCCAGCCUAAGAAAGACUUCUGCCUCCAGAUCCAGCUCAGAUGUCAGACAUUCCCUCUGCAAUCUUCCUGCAGGAAAGAGGAAGAGGAGGAGAGAUGGAUGAAGAUCUCCCGCCCUUCCUCUCAUGCAGUGCAGUACGAGAACCUUGUCCGUCUUUCAACUCCCAAAACCCGAGGAAGAAGUGCCCAGGAAGUGAAUUCUCCUCACUCAUUGUUAUGUGAGCAUGACUGUCCCAUCUGGCAUGUGAGUCCUAGUUUAAGGGACACUGUCGUUUCGCCCCGAAUCCUCCAGAUGUCCAUCCCCAAAACCCACCACCCCGACUUCACCAGCAACAGACAGAAUGUGCAGACAUUCAUCUCAUAUGCAGCUCAAACAGCUAAGAUGACGUCUAGACUGGAGCAGCUCUCACUCCCCAAACUAAGAAAGAACAGACACUUCUAUGACCCCGGACAACCAGAGAGUCCUAUCCGAACUGUAAGAGACACACUGUGCUUAACCUCAGGUGUCUAGAGGAGCAAGAAUCGCCACAGCGAGUGCCCGAAUCCAAGCUUUAUCCACUCCUAAAGCCCUCUCUAAAGAUUACAUCCCACCCAGAGAAGCAACAUGGCAGCCCUGAGAAAACAAGACCGACCACAAAGCUGUGGUUUCCAGCACAUCCAUCAUCUGCAGUUAUUGUAUUUUGUCACUUUCUCACACCUUCCUUUUCCUAUCAGGAGCUUGUUGAUUGGUUGAGCUCUCUUUGCUUUCGCUCUGGUUUUCUAAUCAGUCUCAGAUUUUGACUCUGGACUACUUUUGACUGAAACGUAAGUACUACAUUAUUCUUAGCCUGCUGCCAAACCCGCCUGGCUCCUCAAACAGGACUGUGUGUUUUACGCCUGUAGUGUUUCCAGAUUGACUCUUUUUGGAUUUGUGUCUAGCUGCCGCUUUCUGUGAGAAAAUGCUGCAAGAGUAUCUAUCAGCAUCUGGUUUGAACAUCGGUGUAAGUUUUCGUGCCUGGACUUUCAUUCUAUACAUUCACCUAGAUUACACUUCUGUACUAGAAUCAUGAUAGAAUCAUAAAAUAAAUUAAUGAAAUCAAAUAAAAAUGUGUACAUUGGCAAUUAUUUCAAUAGUUACACUGUAUUUGCUGUACAAAAAAAAAAAAAAAAAUAAUAUAUGCCUUGUUGUGAUCAAGUUUAAUUAAAUAAUUGAAAAUGAGUUACCAGUAACUUAAAAACGGUUACAUUUCUGCAUGUGUUUUGGACUCUGUACUGUUGCUAAUGUCACUGCAGGAGCCAAUUGGACCCCAGAUCAAUCCAGUUUUCCUUCUCUCCAUCAUUUCCUGCUGUUUUCUCAAAGUCUUUCCUAUUCCCAUGAUCCUCCUCUAACUCUUUCUCUCUGACCCAUGGGUGACAGAUUCCACUGGAGUCUGUUGAGUUGUCUUGGUAACACACAAUGUCCCGGCUCUCCAUCAGCCAUUCAGAUUCAGUGAACAGAUCUAGUUCCUCUCACUAUAUUAACUCAUCAAACAGAACAGAUUUAGUGGUGAAAGGCUUGUGUGUGUAAAUAACAUUGAUAAAACGGGGGAGGUAUUCCAACAUAUAUGUGACCCUGCACCACAAAACCAGUCAU